AUGCAGGCCAACACUCUGACUGCGCCUGCGCCCGAUGAGCGCGACUCCACCAUGUCCUCCGACAGCAUCAGGGGAAACCCCGCCUCCCACACGAACGGCCCUGACCGCCAGAUACCACAUGGCCAUCAGAGACUCGUCUUCACCGACCCGGUUGCCCUUCAAUAUCUCGAAGAAGAUCCCUCCACCGACGUACUCCACCGCCGCUCGACCCUGCUGGGCUACGAGAUCUACAUCGUUGAACAAUGGGCCUGUUCGCGCAUUCAUCCUACAUUCAUCAUCUCGACCUACACGGGUGACCCGUCACAUAAAGUGAUCGUGGGUGUGCUUAGCGUUCCGACGGAUGAGACAACAUGGUCGCCUCGAUUGCGAAUGUACUUCGAUGCCAUGAAGCAAUACCACGCCCGAAAGAAGGAGACUACGCUGGGCACGAUUAUGGUCACGGACCUGAACUCUUUCCCGUCUGCUCUGACAGUGAUCCCGGUCCCAGAAGGCGACUUGAAAAAACACAGGGAGGACUUCAUUGUAAAUGAGAACCUGAAGCGGCUCGGCUGUGCUGGUCGCGCGGGCUUGAAACUACAACCGCCGACAGCAGCGACGGAAGCCAAGUUUCACCAGCUAUAUCGGACGAGCGAGAGAGUACCUUUCUAUAACGCUGUCAUUGAGCUGGUCAAGCAGUGCCAGAUUGCCUUGAUGGUAUUCGACAAACUGGCUCCUGAGUUCGUGGAUGGGCUGCUGUGUGAUGUGACCGAGGCAGCCGUAAAUGACUGGUGGACAGACAUCGGCACCGAUUUGUACAAUAUCGAACCGAGUGACGGUGCCUUGGGGCCCACAAGCGUGGCCGCUCUCCUGGGAACGCUUCUAGGCGCUCGAAAUCGACUAAACACAUAUGGCGCGCCCGUCGGAAAGGAUUCUUUUGACAUCGAUAAUCUGAAGAGAGGGAUUGGCGGGUUCCAAAAGUCCCAGAAGAUGAACAAGUCACGAAGACUGGACCGGCGGACCCUGGAACGCUUACGCCGCGUUACGGCCAAGGCUGCGAAUGCCGAGGGCUGGACCGACGCCGUCAAGUCAACCAUGGCGGAGCUGAGUGGCCAAGGAGGGGAGAUGGUCAUGGGGAUGGUGCGUGGACGCGAGAAGGGUGGCAUUGCCGACGUCGAGACCCUCGAUCUGGAUAAUUUUGUACAGUGCUGUUAUGGAUCGAGGGCAAAGUGGCUAUGGCUUGGAAAACCGCGCAAGAGCGGCCCGCAAGCUGGUUUCAGAGGAACCGAUGCAAAUAUGAUGUUUACGACCAACGAUCAAGGUGGCUAUGUCUGGACGAGUCGGAAGAAACCAUCGACAGAGGACUUGCAUGCCGAGCGUGUUGCCACUGGCCUUGACAAACAAUGGAAGGCUCCUGAAUCAUUGGUCGCAGAAGAGAGAGACCACCGCAAAAAAGGCGUCAGCGGAAGAGUCUCUGAUGCUCGGGCUGGCCUUGGCCGUUUCAAGGACGCAGUCGGGCUGCCGGGCCUGCGUUCACAUCACCAUAAGCACUCUCGAGAAGGUUCGGAACUGACACACGAUGCCGCCUACCAUCCACAUAUCGACAGCGAUACGGAGGUAUCAGUUUCCAAAAUAAAAACCAGCUCUAGCAUUGAAGCGGAUGGGAAGGCCGAAAAGCGUCCUGAUGAUGAUCCGGAUGAUCAGCCCGCUGCCCCUACUGACGAGGGGGCUGAUAUCAAGGCCCCUGAAAUUCACAUCGAUUCUGCCCCGGCAGAAAUGGAGCCGAAACCACACCCAGAGGAGGCCGACCAGGUUGCGGAGCUGCAGCCCGUCCAAACAGUGGACGAUGAGUCGUCGGACAUAGAGCGCAUGCGGUCUCGGUCAACCGCAGCUUCGAGUGAACCAGGUCAGGAUCGAGAUGAGCCGGUUUCGGGUCUAGCCUUGAUGGCUCUCAGGCGACCACAAAGCUGCGAAGAUCUCCGAAAUCUGGAGAAUGAUAACGAGCGUCGAGAUGAUCGGUGUGCGCGUCACCUUUCCUUCAGUAAUGUUGAAGAGGUGGUUCUCAACUGGAAACCACUGGGAGAUCAACCGUUGGUGGAAGAUACCACCAAUCUUGAAGUGGCCCUUGGGCAAGAAGACAUGCUUGCCUCUGACGCCCGCAUUUUCAGCUCUCGGAUCCUUGAAUUAAGCGAGCGCACUGUUCCUUGGGUCGAGCGACAGGUGGAUGCGGUCGACGGGCUUAAUAAAAGGCUUUACGAGCGCCACGAGGAGCUCAAUUCAGUCUAUCUGGAACGCUUUGGUGAUUACCAGAAACUACGCGAAAGAUCCAGCGAUCUUUUAUCGGACGAGCAAUCUCAUCUUAGCGACGGCGUCAAACGCGUCGAGUUGCUGGGCGCCAAGCUGGAUUACGAACUGCAUGUCCUCGAAUCAAAAGUGGAGGACAUGGAAGAAGGGCUCACUGACUUUGAACGACACAUCGUCAACGUGGAAACCAGAAUCAAGGGUCUUCUGCAAGGCGAGGAAGAGCACAGCAUUUCCUGGAUGACAUGGUUCCGACGAUCGAUUGGCUUCGCGGCGUAA